GGAGUAUUUAUAGGCAUGCGCAACAUACACGUGUCGUAAACGUACGCGCAAUGGCAUCAGAGGCAAGUGACGAGACGACGAUGACACUGGAAGAAUCCAUGGCACGACGUCGUCGCCUAAAGAGAAGAGAGAGGGAGACUUCAUGGCUGGGACGAAAAUACAGAAAAAGUGAGAACACACUGCAUCAAAGGCUCAGAAAGCUUAUUAAGAUCACUCCGAGGUCACCUCUCCAGGAUGCAGUCCAGCCAGCAUCGAUUCCCUUAGUUGCCUCAAGCCGGCUGUUCUCGCUGCACCCUUACCUUGGAUGUGAGUCUUCCGAUGAGGAGUGGGUGAAGAUGAUCGGCACGCCGAGGAACAUCAGACGCAGCAGCGUGAGCUUCAGGGAGAGGCAGCCCCUGUUAACACCCAGAAUGAGAUCGAUCAUCCUCUACUGGUUAAUGAAGGUGUGUGAGGCAUACGCUGUUCACAGGGAGACUUUCUACCUGGCACAGGACUACUUUGACCGUUUUCUGUUGGUUGAGAGAAAUCUUAAGUUGGGUGUGCUGCAGCUCAUUGUGCUCACAUGUCUUCUUAUAGCAUCAAAGAUGGAGGAAUCUAAACCUUUAAAGAUCUUGCAUCUGUCACGUGUGGCUCAUGGGAUCUACCAUGUAGAAGAAUUCCGUCAUAUGGAGUUGGUCAUUUUGAGGACAUUGCGCUGGUACACUCGUCCGGAAACGGCUUUGACCUGGCUGAAGUUCCUCCUGCAGGUGAUCUUCAGGAAAGAAAAAGCAAACCUGCUUGAGCAGCCGUUUCCAAAAGAUACUUACAUGAGAAGUGCAAAUCUUUUAGAUCUGUGCAUCCUUGACGUGAACUCGAUGGACAUACCUUAUCACGGAUUGGCUGCCUCAGUCCUGUGUUAUUUCGUGGACCAGGGACUGGUAGAAAAAGUUGCAUGUCUGCCCAGAGAACACCUCCAGCCAUGUGUUGACUGGCUGGCCCCCUUUAUGGAUGCACUGGAAGACUUUGGCACAGUCACACAGAAAGUGUUUCCCACAGUAAGAAGAGAAGACCAAUACAACAUCCAGGCAAACUUGGACUACAUGUCCAUUUUGGAUGUUGCUCACAAGGCAAUAAAAGGCAAUUCUCCUACAAAUGAUGUGGAACCGCUCGAUGCCACCUCGUACAGAGGGAGGAUCUACGUACCUGGGCAAGGACUUACGUCUUCAGAAGAUGAAGUUUAACAGAGUCUGAAGGUGCUGAUUGCAGUUCUGAAACUUUCCUCAGAUUUCCUGCAGAGAUGGCUGCAAACGUCCAACUCAGACUGAUCUGACAGAGUUGAAUGCUGAAUCAAAAUAAAUUGUGUCGUAGUCUUAGUAUGCCAUAGUGUGAGAAUAGUUAUUGUUAGUUUAGAGUUGAAUAGUUGUCACCCCCACCCACCCCCGCAUCUUCCCCUCACCACAAAUAGUAGUUCUUGACGUAUUCAAUCCAUUUAAAAGACGAUGUAGGAGAUCUAAACUGUUAACUGAUAUUUGAAGGCCACUCUUCUUCUAGCCACUUUUUGUUUUCCCUCAUUUUUGGCUUUUAAGGUUUUAUUUCAGAAAAAUGCAAAGUUCAAAAGUUUGUAACCUGAAGGUGAAUUUUUAGAAAAUUGUGGGAUGCAUUUUUUUUUUCCCUCUUUUUAAAUGAAGAAAUGUUGUGUGCUGCUGUCCAGCAGCCAAAGUAUAGUAAAAUGAAUGCUGUACUAGUGUGAAUUUUUAAAAACCCCAAACAAAGCAUUAACUGAACCAGGUCCUGAUGUGAUUAACUCAGGGCAUUUUGAUUUUAUAAGUUUAUUGCAAAAGAUGAAAAUAAUACAAAUUACCAUGUACUUGUUACCACAAAAUAAAAUAUUCAUCCCCACCCUGUGAAA